AUUAUAAAUAUUAAUUUUAGCUAUACAAAGUAAUACAAUACUAGUUAAUUUUCAACAAUGGCUCAUCAAUAUCUUUAUUAAAGUUUCAAUCUUAUAAUUAUACUUUGAUGUCUCUAAAAAGUGAUGUUGUAGUUGUGUUACCAGCUGGAGGAUUUGGUCAGAGAUUUGGUUCUGAUAUACCAAAACAGUUUGUUGAGGUUUGUGGAAUGCCUGUAUUAUGUUAUUCUAUAGAAGUUUUUCACAGUGCAGCAUCUCUUGGAUAAAAAAAAUAGUUGUACCUGUUCCAAAGUACUGGAUAGAAUUUGCAAAACAACUGUUCUUGGAGAGAAAAUACAACAAAGUGGUGGUAAUCGAAGGUAAAGAAUCAAGGCAUCAAAGCAUUUAUGCUGGAAUUCAAACAUUAAUAGGAUUUUGCUCAGCAGAAGAUAUUGUAAUUAUACACGAUGCAGUUCGUCCAUUUAUUGAUGAAGAUUUUCUAAUCCAACUUGUGAAUGAAGCUAAACUUUAUAAAGCAAGUGGUUCAAUACGACCAUUAGUUUCAACAAUAAUCAAGUCUACUUCAGAUGGUUUUAUGGAAACAUCUUUAAAGAGGGAUAGUUAUUGUGAAAGUCAUACUCCUCAAUGUUUUCAAUUUAAUGUUAUUUGUAAAGCAUAUCAAAAGUGCAGUGAGACUGAAUUUAUUCAUGGUACUGAGUGCUUACAACUAGUGCAAACCCAUGUUGGUAUCAGUCCCAAACUUGUGGAUGGACCAAGUUACCUCUGGAAGGUUACUCAUAAAAGUGAUAUACGUUUAAUGGAAAUUUAUAUAAAAAGUAAGAUCCGUGACAAAAAUGAAAACAAUGAUAACAUUAUUUUCAAGCCAUCAGAAGAAAUUUAAUAAAAUAAAACGAAGUUUUAAUUUCACAAUUCAUGAUACGUAGUCAUGAUACGUAGUUAUGAUACGUAGUCAUGAUACGUAGUUAUGAUUUUUUACAGUGUAAUAUUCUGAAGAAUAUUUGUUUUAUAAUAAAAAUAAUCCUUUAAA